GCUGCCAGCUGGUGGGGCACUGUGUUCCUCCUCCCGCCCCUCCCCUGUGGGUUUUGCGGUUUUGCCUUCCUCCUCUUCCCUUGUGUGUGUGGCUCUGGUAGUUGUGUCACCCUGGGGCCGUGUUCCUAGGUGGCCCCUGGGGUGUGCUGCGUAUUGGGAAAGAUGGCCUUCAUUGCCUAGGAUAAAAAUACCAGCACAUUAAGGAACCAGUAAGAUGAAGAGACAGGGCUGGUGUAAGAAGUACAACAUUUGGAAGGCUUGGUACAACACCAAUUCCCAAGGGAAAACUUUGACUGUUCUUGUGAGUAAGCAUUGAUCAAAACUCCUCCAAUCCCAAUGUGAUGAGUGGACAACCCUGCCCCAGGGGUUGACUUAAUUCUUCUUCAUAAUGGACAUCAAUCAACCAGGCUGCUCUUCUGAGCAAUCAACUUCUCACCAACCCCAGCAAGGAGAGACAAAGUACUUACUCACCUCACAGAAGAAUGAGCCUGAUACAAAAGUGGUUGUGCAAUCAGAUUCUCAGGAUAUAGAAGAGAGACAUUCCAUAAAAAUAAAUGACAGUGAUAACCAUACAACAUCAUUUCAAGGCAGCUCCUCCAAAGUAAAGGAAAAUGGUUCAGCUCUGUGUGGUGUGGACACAGUAACAGAGGGUAGAGGAAAACAAUGUGAGGACUCCUCUUGUGGGGGUGAUAAUGACUCCCAGAGUUGGUGUGACCCCUCUAUGUUACUAGAUAAUAGUGUUGAGGAGUUUUCCAUAACUACAGAAGGAAACAAGGACAAUAGUAAGGAAGUGAAUUUAGUACAGACUUUAGAUGAAGUAGCUAGUGGUAGAGAAAAUAAUCUUCAGUCUGCACCCGAGGGGGAGUCUGAGUCAUCAACACAUUCCGAAGACAGCGAGGAUGAAGCCGAGUCUGGUCUGGCAGAACAAGUAAAAAUGAAGUCGGUGACCUCAGUCCCUGCUGGAAAUGAGAACCAGACAAACUCAAGUCGUCUUCAGAAUGAGAUAAAAUCACUUUUAUCAGCUACAUCUCCAUUAUGUAGUCCUAGUUCAGACCUAGAGGUGGGUAGGGUGGAUUUUUCUACUACACCCAAAGAAAACUUGAUGAGGAUGGUGUCUGAUCUGCUGGAUGAGUGUGAGUGGCUCAAGAAAGAGAAGGCAAGACUAGAGAAUGAGGUUGACUGCCUGGAGGCUGACCGCUCCUCGGUGGCCUACAUUGCACAGAUUGAAACCUUGGAGAAAUCUUUGGCACAAGCUCAGGCCGAUGCUUGCAGCUGGGAACAGAAGUUACUUGCAGCAGAACAAAAUUACAUGACUGAGAAUGUGAGGAUCCGCACCGACCUGACGACGCGGCUGGAGCGCAUCACCAAGCAGUAUGAGGCGGCCAACAAGGACAAGGAGUCGAUGGUGGUAAAAUAUGCCACAUCUGAACGCGAGGUUAUUGUGGCAAAGAAGCAGAGAGAAGCAGUGGAAAAGAAGAUGAAAGAAAUGGAGAAAGAAAGGGAAAAUUUACUCAGUAAAAACAAGAUGCUGAUAUCAGAACGUGCACGCAUUUGUCAAACUCUGGAUACAAAGGUGCAGAAGAACAACUGGUACCAGCGGGAAAUAGACAGACUCAAGGAUGAUCUCAACGGCAGAGACAUCAAAAUCAAAUGGAUGCAAACGAAACUGAAGUCGGAAAUGGAGGCACAUCAGGAGUGCCAGGGUAAGCUGGAGCGUGCCUUAACCAAGAUUAUGAAGCAUGAAGAGGAGCUGAAGGCAAUCAAGGAGGAGGCAGAGAGCAUAGUACAAAAUGCCAAGCACGAUGAAAAUUCCAGAGCAAAUGUCUUAGACAUGCAGCUGAAGGAAGAAAAGGCUCGGCUGAUCAUGGAGCGUCAGGCCAAUGAGAGUCGUGGCUCAGCGUUCCACAAGGUGAUGAGUGAGCUGGAGGAGCUGAGGCACAGGCACCAGGCAUUAGAGGAGGAGGCCACGUCCCUCAGAGCCAGGCUUUCAUCACGUGAGAUGGAGCAGGAGGAGAUGGAAAAAUUAUUCGCCAGUUUGAGGAAAGAAGUAACAGCAGCACGUCAGGAAGCCUCAGAUCUCAGCCACCAGGUGUCCAACUCGGCACAUCUUCAACAGCAACUUACCAGAGAGAAGGAGCAGCUGGAGGCUGUGAGUCAGGAAGUGGACCAGCUGCAGUCCACCAACAAUGAGCUGGAGAGUGACCUGCUUGCCUGCCGAAACAAGGAGGCCGAGUUACUUGCCUUCACCCAGAAACUUUCUGAUAAAAAUGUUCAGAUCCAGAGUCAGUUGUCUGCCCUUCAGUCCAAGACAAAAUUAACAGAUAUUGAACAUGGAGAAUUGAAAGAAGAAGUGGAAGAGCUCAAGACCCAGAAAGCCAAGUUAAAAGCAGAACUUGCAAAGGAGACACAGAAAUACAAUGCCAAUUUGGAGAGCUUGAGUCAACAGUUGGCAGAGAAGACUGAUGAGGCUCAGAAGCUGAACACCAAGGCUAUGGACCUGGAGAAUGAGGUGCAUGUUCUCACCAGGAAGCACAACAAUGCUCUCAAAGAUAUAACGAGAGAGAUGCAGAAACUUAGAAGACGUCUGGACCUUCAAGAGAAUGGCAGCAGUGGUGGGAAUGAGAGUGCCUCAGGGGGGGUGUCCAGUGGCAUGUCCUCCCAUUCUGCCACCCCCCACGACAGCCUCUCCCAGGACUCCCGAGCUUCCUCCAACACCUCCCUCAAUACACUCGAAUAUCACAAUGGCACAAGUCUACAAACACAGGACCACCUACCUCCCCUGAAUGACCCGCUGGUCACACAGCAGCUCUUGGUGGAUCGCAUCAUCAGGCUUCAAAAGACUGCAGCCAAGCGGGCCGAGAAGAUGGAAUUCCUGGAAGAACACAACAACCAGCUGAUUGGGGAGCUCAAGAAGAAGUCUCGCAUCAUCCACCAUUACAUCAUGAGGGAAGAGGCAGGGGCUUUGGCAAAUGCAGCAUCUGACUCUUCUAAGGCUGAGCUGAUGCGUCAUGGGGGAAUCAUGGCCUCAGUGUAUGGCUCAGUCCCUCGCGAUGGCACCAUGACCCUUGAACUCUCUCUAGAGAUAAACAGAAAACUGCAGGCAGUUUUGGAAGAUACGCUCCUUAAGAACAUAACCUUGAAGGAAAAUCUCAACACCCUGGGAGAUGAAAUAGCCAAAAUAUCCCAACAGAAGCAACAGGCCAGCAAGAGGUCGUGAAGGAACCCGGUGAGGGAAGGAUAUUUAUCAUGUAUUGUCCACACAGUAUAAUAUAAGGUUAGGUCUAUACAAAAGUGUUUCCUUUAUUCCCCACUAUAAAGAGCAGAUUCUUAGAUUCUUAUGUAUUGUUUACAUCUGUUACUAUUGUGUGUAAUGAAAGUUGUAAAGA